CUUUUACACUUGCUUAGACGUCAUUCAUCAACAGAGAUGCUGCAUGUCAGGACUUUGUUCUUUUUCUGUGCUUUGUUAACCUUUUAUCUUUCUCGCUCCUUUCUUUAACUCUACUGUAAUUUUUCUGCAGAAACAACCGAGUCAGCGUGCUGAAAAUUUGUCACGAAAUGUCAUGACGGGCCCUUAGCUCUCACUUUACACAACUUGUCAAGGCUUAGAACACGUUGCUUUCUCCCCAUCAACAACAUUAGCAACGUCUUCCAGUCAAACCAUGGCAGAAAACGCUACAGAUCCAGCCGCCCUGGAGGGCUCUUUCGAUGCUCUAAACUCUACUCUCGCCAAUGGGCAAAGUUGGCUCUCAUGUUUUGCCUAUAUCAAAGAUCUGAGUUUUGUCAUGCUUGAAGUCAGGCUCGUCCUCAGCGCCAUUGGCAUCAUCUAUCUUGGUGCCCACGCUGCUCUUCGGCGACCCCCAUCUGCACAACCCGCGAAGAAAAAGAAGCCCGGCUCCAAAAAUGACGAGGACGAAAGCUUUGCCCAGGGACUAGAGCCCUCCGAUGCCAUUGUUUUCCCGCUUAUGGCUGGUGCUGUCCUUAUCGGCCUGUACUACCUAAUUCAGUGGCUCAAGGACCCUGACAUUCUCAACAAAAUUCUGCGCUGGUACAUGUCUACCAUGUCCGUUGCUAGUCUGGUAUCGAUCUAUUCUCAUGGUAUUGAGAUAGUGACCAGUCUGGCGUUUCCACGAUACUGGCGCGGCCGUGACGGGCGACUAAGGGAAGCGGAUCAGAAGACAAGAUCAGUACAAGUCUGCGAUGAUGCAGGAAACCCUGACGCAGCCAUCCCUAAGUCACAAAACCCCUUUCCUGGACCACUUGCUUGUUUGGCGUUCUCGGAAAAGAUCCGUAAGUCUGGCUGGGAGCUUCGAGGUCUCCUUAAACGGCAUUGGGCCAUCAAGCUCUUUAUCCAUGGAAUGGGCAAAGAGGAAGGUCGAAUCAAGUUUGCUCAUGUUGUGUCCUUGGUUAUGGCACUAGCCACAGCGCUCAUUUACUCAUCAACUACUUCCCCCCUGUUGAGUAAUAUGCUUGGUUAUGCCAUGUGCUAUGGCUCCCUUCAACUCAUCUCACCCACAGACUUCCUGACUAGUACUCUGAUCCUAGUUGGUCUGUUCUUUUACGAUAUCAUAAUGGUAUUCUACACCCCCUAUAUGGUUACAGUAGCAACCAAGUUGGAGGUCCCAAUCAAGCUCACUUUCGAGGCUGCAGAGCGAAAAAGCAUCCUUGGACUGGGUGAUAUCGUCAUUCCAGGCAUGGUCAUGGCCCUAGCCCUUCGGUUCGACCUUUGGCUCCAUUAUGAUCGAAAGAUCAAGUAUGAGAGCACUGACCUGAAGCUCAUUGAGAAGGACCCAACAUCAGGCGCUCUCAUCGUACGGAGCGAGACUAAACACAAAGAGGUCAAGGCCAAGUACGUCAACGUCAAAGGCAAAUGGGGAGAUAGCCUUUGGACGCGUGGGGCAUUCUUCAUCUUUGGAUCACAGCAGCUGCCCACUGACUUGGCGGCUGCACAGUUUCGCAAGACCUACUUUCAUGCCUCCGUCACUGGGUAUCUCCUCGGCAUGGUAGUUACCUUGGCCAUGCUCUUGAUCUUCAAACGUGGCCAGCCUGCAUUGUUGUAUCUCGUUCCUGGCGUUCUGGGAUCUCUCUGGCUGACAGGACUGGUGCGUGGAGAGAUUAAGCAGAUGUGGAAAUACACCGAAGAUGGGAGCCUGGACAAGAUUGAUGUGGUUGUAGACUUGGAUGGCGAGGGCAACCCGAUCAAGACCCUUGGCAAACUAGAGGACGGCGUCGUGGAUACAACUAAAAAGGAUGAAAAGAAAGACGGAGAGGACAAGCCCAAGGAUAAAGAAGAUGGAAAAGCAAAGGAAGGGGACAAGAGCGAAAACAAGGAAGAACGUCAUGUAUUCCUACUCUCGGUUGAUGCUGAGUCGGAGACAGAAUAAGCAGAGGUUUCAUGGCCGUUGUUCUGAUGAUGGGAUCUGGCCACAGUAGCAUGCCUCAGCAUAAGUGCAUAGGUAGAUAUUAUACAUGAGCGUCAUAGGAGUAGACAUGAACUGUUCAAGGC